AUGGAUAGGUUAUGCUGUUUUAGCGGUUCCUACUCUCAGUAUGGGGGACGUUCAUCAUCUGGCUCUGGUAAGGGAAGAAGCCACGAUGGGUUAGUAAAGUAUGGUUUCAGCCUGGUAAAAGGAAAAGCUAAUCAUCCAAUGGAGGAUUAUCAUGUUGCCAAGUUUCUUCGGAGCCAAGGACAUGAGUUAGGAUUGUUUGCUAUAUAUGAUGGCCAUUUGGGAGACACUGUGCCUGCAUAUCUACAGAAGCAUUUGUUUUCAAAUAUCCUUAAGGAGGAAGAGUUUUGGGUCGACCCUAACAGAUCUAUCCUAAAAGCCUAUGAGCAGACGGACCAGGCAAUUCUCUCUCAUAGUUCUGACUUGGGGCGUGGUGGGUCCACUGCUGUGACUGCAAUAUUGUUAAACGGUCAGCGAUUAUGGGUGGCAAAUGUUGGAGAUUCACGGGCAGUUCUUUCAAAGGGUGGUCAGGCAGUACAGAUGUCUAUAGACCAUGAGCCCAAUACCGAACGAGGCAGCAUUGAAAACAAAGGUGGCUUUGUCUCAAACAUGCCAGGAGACGUUCCUAGGGUCAAUGGGCAGCUGGCUGUUUCUCGUGCUUUUGGAGACAAAAGCCUCAAGUCACAUUUGCGAUCAGAUCCCGACGUACAAGAUACCUUCGUAGACAAUACUACUGAUGUUCUAAUCCUUGCCAGUGAUGGUCUUUGGAAGGUCAUGGAUAAUCAAGAGGCAGUUGAUAUUGCAAGAAAGAUUAAAGACCCUCUGAAGGCAGCUAAGCAACUAACAGCUGAAGCACUGAAAAGAGAUAGUAAAGAUGAUAUUUCUUGCGUUGUUGUUAGAUUUAGGGGAUGA